UUCAGCAUCAAUAGCAGAGAUGACAUAGAUAAAUGGACCAAAGUAGGAUAGGAAGAAAAGACUUGUGCUUAAGGAAAAGGAAAACUAUUCGUAGAGCUGAUUUACGUAUUCCUACACAAUGAGUCUACUAGAAUGUCCACCAUUGUUCAGUCUCCCCAAAACAGAAACUGCGCAUGCUACACCGGAUAUCAUACUUAACACACGUGAUCGAUAUUUUGGAGCGGAAGUCAUAAUUUCCUGUCCAGGCGAAUACCAUGUCGUUGGAAAAAGUGCUGCUAAAUGUUUAGAAUCUGGAAGCUGGGAUCUCGAUAAACUACCUCACUGCUCUGAUGUAACAUAUGGAGUCCCGGAUUCCACGAAGCUCUAUAUCGCCGUCUUCGCUAGCUGUGGUGUUCUUGUCAUCCUCUCCUUUGCCGUCCUCAUCGCUAGAAUCCUCUGUGUUUUUCGAAGACCACUUGCACAAAGCUCUAGAGACGAUCUAGGUAAAAGCACGGAAUCUGUUGCUUCUAUUCGAUAUUUCCCACAAGAUGCACAGUAUCAGGAAACUGUGGUAGAUAUGCCUCAAAAGGACGGAAGGUUCGAGAGUUUCUGUAAUCCGGGUUACGUGAGCAACGAGGCGUAUCCACAUACACGCUGGCACAAUGAGCAGCAUGCGCAUAACGGUUGGGGAGGCAGACAAUCCAGUUAUGAUAGUUCAUUGGAUAAUGAAUCGUCAUUAGGUUAUAUAGUAGACGAGCCUGAUGAUACACAGAGGGCAUGGAAUUCUACCGGAAGCACAGAAAUUUACGAAAACGACAGGUAUAACAGACUUUCACGUCAGUCACGAAUACAAGAAGUCAUAGAAGAUGAUAGGACACCAUUUUGAGUUGCUGCUCUUAUUCAGUAAUUAGAAAAUAUUGGACUUAAAAUCUAAUUCAACUGGAUACUUGUACAGACUUUGUGUGCCAAGUACAUGUAACCAUGGAUAUUUUUCAUAACAAGACGUCAUUUUGCUACUUUAUAAAUGAUAUGUAAAGAUCUGUAUUGCCUAAUUUAUUGUAUUCCACGUGGACCUGUGAUAUUCUAGUUUGACAAUUGUUUUGUAGAUAUUUCUAUUAUUUUACAUAAAAUAUCAAUAAAUGAGAUUGAUU